AAAGACAGAGCAAUAAGCGUGUGGGAAGCUUCCUAUCAAUUUCCACACGACUUGUAUAUAAAUUGCUGCUUCAGUCCUCACCUCUGUACGGAUUUCUCGACAAAUCCUCCAUCUCUCCAAAAUCCACCAUGAUUUCACUUCUUCCCAAAUGUUUCUGAAUUUUCGUCUCCCAAUUCGAUCUUCAAAUCACAGAAUUAAAAGCAUGGCCAGAACACGAGGAAUCUCGCUGAAACACCGCGUCGCCGCAAUUUUCCGGCGGAACGCCUCUUCACCGCAGCGCCGCAAAUUCUGCGGGAUGAUCGGGUGGGCUCAGAAGGUCGGGUGGAAAGUGAAAUCGUCGCUAGCGCAGGUGGCGGGAGGGAAAUACAAGCGGGAUCCGAUUUUGGGGAAGCCAGAACCCGUUCCGAAGGGGCACAUGGCGGUGUACGUGGGGCAGAGCGACGGAGAAUUCGAGCGGAUUCUGGUGCCGGUAGUGUAUUUCAACCAUCCGUUGUUUGGGGAUUUGUUGAAGGAGUCGGAAAAUGAGUUCGGGUUCAAUCAGCCGGGCGGGAUAACUAUACCUUGUCGGAUCGCGGAGUUUGAGCGUGUUCAGACCCGGAUUAAGACGGGUCACUGUACCCGGAAGUUGGUGAGGUGGAAGAGUUGGACGCCUUGAUUUGAUUUGUAAUUACCCUAGCUUAGCCUUUUCCCCCUUUUUCACUUUUUCUUUCUUACAUAAAAAUAUACACACCUUUUUCAUGAUACUACUUCCUGGAAUUAAUGGCUUUUCUUUGUUACAUACUCCUCCUACCCUACUACACGGGAUAAUUCCAUGUUCAAUACAAAAUAUUUCACAUUUGUUUUAA